CAAGCUCGGUAGUCCCUCGCGGCGGCAUGGAUCGUCACCUGGCUUCGGCGGGCUCCCGUGGGGAGCUUGGCCGUCUACUACAGGCGGUGCUAACGAGCCGUGGCCAGGCCAACGCGGUGUUUGACAUCCUGGCUGUACUUCAGUCCGAGGACCCUGAGGAUAUCCAGGAAGGAGUGCGUACGUGCAGCCGACUCUUCGGCACCUUGCUGGAGCGGGAAGAGCUCUUCGUGGGCUCGCUGCCACGCGAGGACGGGGUCCUGGCAGGAUCCCAGGGAGCCACACACAAAUACAAAGUUUGGAUGAGACACCGCUAUCACAGCUGCUGUAAUCGCCUGGAGGAGCUCCUGACCCAUCCCUCCUUCCAAGUCAAGGUGAGUCUUGAAGUCCUUGGCCCAGCUUCUCUAAAGCACAGGUGUAGGGGCUGCAAACCCCUGGAGAAGCCCCAGUGGGAAAGUCACUACCUCUUCCCCCGCACACUCUUCAGGGCAGUGGUAGGAGGCCUGCUCACACCCGAGGUUGACCACAGCCUGCUUAUCUCCCAGUUCUGCGAAUACUUGGAAUAUGAUGAUAUACGAUACCACACAAUGCAGGCGGCCACAAGCACUGUAGCCCAAGCCACCAGCCAGCAAUCUGAGGUGUCACCCACCUUCUGGAACAAUGCCUUCAUGUUGCUGUCUGUUGUGAACCUGCCCCUCCAAGAGCAUGACCUUACCAAGUUCUAUGUGAAGCACACACAGACAUCAGACAAGUGGAAGGUCAUUCACUUGAAGGAGCACAGAAAAGCUUUCCAGGAGAUGUGGCUUGGGUUCCUUAAACGUAAGCUGCCCCUCAGCCUCUACAAGAAGGUACUAGUGGCUAUGCAUGACUCCAUCCUGCCCCACCUGGCUCAGCCCACCCUCAUGAUUGACUUCCUCACAAGUGCUUGUGAUGUGGGUGGUGCCAUCAGCCUCCUGGCCUUGAAUGGGCUUUUCAUCCUAAUCCAUAAGCAUAACCUGGAAUACUCUGAUUUCUAUCAAAAGCUCUAUGGCCUCCUGGAUCCAUCCAUCUUUCACGUCAAGUACCGAGCCCGGUUCUUUCACUUGGCCGACCUCUUCCUUUCCUCCUCCCACCUCCCUGCCUACCUGGUGGCUGCCUUUGCCAAACGCCUGGCCCGGCUGGCCUUAACAGCACCUCCUGAGGCCCUUCUUAUGGUCCUGCCCUUUAUCUGCAACCUGUUGCGUAGACACCCUGCCUGCCGAGUUAUGGUGCAUCGUCCACAGGGCAUUGAGCUAGAUGCUGAUCCAUAUGACCCAGUAGAGAAGGACUCAGCCAGGAGCCAUGCCUUGGAGAGCUGCUUGUGGGAGCUGCAGACUCUUCAGCAGCACUACCAUCCUGAGGUAUCCAGAGCUGCCGGGGUCAUUAACCAGGUGCUAUCUGUCCCUGAGGUCAGCAUUGCGCCACUCCUGGAACUUACUGCUUAUGAGAUCUUUGAGCAGGACCUGAAGAAGAAGGCACCUGGGUCAGUGCCGGAGUUCAUCCCAUCCAAAGGCCUGCUGGGCCGACAGGAUCACCUCUGCACCCAGUUCUUCACUCUCACCUGACCUGGCCUCAUCUCCUAAGAAUUUUCUUUUUGUGUCUGAGACAGACUCUCACUUUGUAACCCAGGCUGGCCUGUAACUUGUGGUCCCCCUGGCUCAGCUUCCCUGGUGCUGAGGUACAAGGGUCCACCACCAUGUCUGCGUUCAAAUAAAUGUUUUUUUUUGU